AUGCCUUCUCAAAUACCCUCUCCCGUCUUUCGCUACAGUUUCAUGGACGAUUACAGCGAAGGCGCCCAUCCAGCUCUUCUAAAAGCUCUCAUCGCAAGCAACGCUACACAAGAAGUCGGUUACGGCAAUGAUACAUACUGCGCUCUCGCACGACAACGCAUAAGAGCACAUCUCGGACGUGAAGAUGUUGGAAUAUUCUUUGUGCCCAGUGGGACUUCUGCGAAUGCGAUUUCGAUCGCUGCCUGUUUGAGACCGCACGAAGCUGUCAUCGCUGCGAGUUCGGGACAUAUCGUUACUCGCGAAACAGGCGCCGUGGAAGCAAGUGGUCAUAAAAUAAUCAACGUUGCGCCUGUUAAUGGAAAACUUACACCGCAAACGAUCGAACGGGCGUUGGAUGAUAACUGGCAUUUUCCUCACAUGGCGAAACCACGAUUAGUGUACAUCUCCAACGCGACCGAGAUCGGAACGAUAUACACCAGGGCCGAAAUGGCCGCUAUAAAAGAAGUUUGCGAAAAGAACGGUCUGAUUCUCUUCCUCGACGGCGCAAGGAUAGGAACAGCCCUAGCAUCCAAAUCAAACGACAUGACCCUUUCAGACAUUCUGUCUCUGACAGAUAUCUUCUGGAUCGGCGGUACAAAGAACGGUGCACUACUAGGCGAAGCAGUAGUCGUAAAAGACCCCCGCCUCUCCUCCGAAUUCGAAUUCUACGUCAAACAACACGGCUCCCUCCUCGCAAAAGGUCGAGUCAUCGGCGCUCAAUUCGCAGAACUCUUCGAAGGAGACCUCUACUUUGACUUGGCACGAAAAGCAAACCUGGCAGCAGAGUUAUUGAGCAAAGGAAUUGCAGAGGCGGGAUAUACGGUAUAUGCAGCUACGGAGACGAACCAGGUUUUUGCAGUGUUGCCGUUGGGAUUGAUUAGCGCGUUGAAGGAGAGCUUUAGUUUUUAUGUUUGGGAAAAGUGUGGUGAUGAUGAGGCUGUUAUUAGGCUUUUGACAACGUGGGCUACUGAUGGGGGACAGGUUGAGAGGUUUGUGGAGGUUGUGCAUAAUUGGAGGGGAUAG